CGUCAUUUCGCCAUCUCCUCCACCUUCAGAAAAAUGUCUUCUUCAACAAUUCUUCUCAACCCUAAUCUUCUUCAGAAGGGCGAUGAAAACAGCGAUUCGAUCAUUUUCGACACGUCGUCUCUCCAAAAGCAGAAGGAUUUGCCGGCGGAGUUCGUGUGGCCGGAAGACGAGCUGUCACGGACCAAACAGCCCGAACUCAACGAGCCGUUCAUCGACCUGAGUUGCCUCGAGAACGGCGACGAGGAAGCCAUUGCUAAGGCGGCUUCACUCGUCAGAGCCGCGUGUCUAAGCCACGGCUUUUUCCAGGUCACGAACCAUGGAAUAGACUCCGACCUUAUCAAAGCCGCGUACGAAGAGAUCGACGCCGUCUUCAAGCUUCCCCUGGAGAAAAAGCUCUCUCUCCGGCGGAAAUCCGCCGCAGAAGUCUCCGGAUAUUCCGGGGCCCACGCCGACAGAUUCUCGUCCAAGUUGCCGUGGAAGGAGACGUUUUCUUUCGGGUACGGAUUCCUUCAAGGCGAGGACGGAAGCAAGAACAUGGUUCUUGAUUACUUCAAGAGUGCCUUGGGGAGUGAAUUCGAACAUGUUGGGUCGGUGUAUGAGAAAUAUUGCGAAGCAAUGAAGGAGAUGUCACUAACGAUAAUGGAGCUUUUGGGAAGAAGCAUGGGGAUUGACAGGUCGAGCCUGAGGGAUUUCUUCAAAGACGGGAGCUCGAUCAUGAGAUGCAAUUACUACCCUCCAUGCAACAAAUCGACUCUGACGUUGGGGACCGGUCCGCACACCGACCCCACCUCCCUGACCAUCCUCCAUCAAGACCAAGUCGGCGGCCUCGAGGUCUUCCUCGACGGCCAGUGGAAGUCGGUCCGGCCCCAUCCCGACGCCUUUGUCAUUAACAUCGGUGACACCUUUAUGGCAUUGAGCAACGGAACAUACAAGAGUUGUCUGCACAGGGCGGUGGUGAACAGGGAGAAAGAGAGGAGGUCGUUGGUCUUCUUCGUGUGUCCUGAAAAGACCAAAGUGGUGAGACCACCUGAGAAUCUUCUGAUUGGUCGAGGGAGAGACGGUGGGGCCCUCGAGAGGGCGUAUCCCGACUUCACCUGGUCCGAUCUCUUCGACUUCACUCAGCUUCACUAUCGCCCCGACUCGUCUACUCUCCCCAACUUCUUCCAUUGGCUGAACUCCUCGUGAACCGAACCGAACCCGAACCAAAUCAUCAUCCCAUCCUCGUCUGUGUUUCUCUGCGGAUUGGGUGUAUUUUAGUCCGUUUAAUCUACCGAAUAAUAUAUGAUUCUGCUAUAUAUAUAAUUGUUUUUAAUUUCGAACAUAA